CACUGUGAAUAUACGUGCUCGAUUACGAAAAGUAUACAACACUAACCUUAGUUUCCAAUUUACGUAGCCAGGUGUCCGACAAAUAGACAAAACAGUUGUUCACUGUUAUAUACUUAACUACUAGACGUUCACUUUGCAUUCUCGAUUGUCCAUAUAAAACACAAACGAAUUAAACCGGAACUCGGAAUGCUGUACACCGUGAUGCACACGCACGAAGAAAAUUUAGAAUAAAUUCGGUGGCGUAUAGAGAUUUUACCUAACUUUCGAUUGGUUUUCCCAAAUUGAAGCGAACCAACCAGAGAACGAACUAAUACUAACUGUGAUAUUUUGAACCAGCGUCAACUUCAGUUGCCCUGGCUAGCUCGAAUGGAGAUCGUAUUAACGUACUAGUGGCACAAGAGUUUCAUAAAUGAGAGAUUCCAACGUAUCAGAAUUCGCAAAAUAAUUAUCAAGUCACCCAGGCUAAUAAGACAGCUAAUUCUGUUUAUUUGAGUAUUUAAACGUCUCUAUAUUUAAAAGGAAAGACCAUUGUUGUUGUUCAGACAGAAAUUGAACUUCAUUUGUCUCCAAAACAAAUCACAUACAGCCAAAAAACAAUUUAUUCCUUAAACAAAUUAAAAUAUAACUUAUUAAUUGCUUUAAGAAGUUACAUACAGUUUCAUACUAAAAAAGGAGACUCAAGGAAAGACCACAAUUUUAUUAUUUAAUUCUUUAUGAGAAUGGCACCAUCCAAAGUUUUAAAUGCACAAAAUAAACAAACUAAUACUAACAUAGCUGGAAAAAAAGGAAUAACAACAAGAAGUCAACAUUCUGUGUUACCUAAUGUUCUACACAAAGCAUCUGGUCUUGGGAAAGAUCCCCGCAUCAAAAGAAAGGCAGAGGCAUCACCGCCAAAGGAAAAAACUACAAAGAGAUCUGCAUUAGGAAAUAUUACUAAUGCCAUUGGAAAGACAUUGGGAGGACAUACACAAGAACCAAAGAAAGCUUUAAAAAGAACGACAGUUACUCAAAUUAAACCCCUUGUUCAGACAAGUUCUGUUAGAACACUUGAUAAACAUGUUCCUAAACCAGAGGUAAUACCUACAAAACCAAAGCCAGUGCCACGAGUAAAACCUGUAAAAAAAGAUGAAGAGAAAACGGAAGUAUCUAGCAAAAUUGUAUGUCCAAAACGUAGUUUAGAUUUAGAAAAAUCAGAUGACAGUUCUUUAUAUGUAAGUGCAUUAGAUGAUGUAGGAGACGACACUGAAAAGAAAUCUAGGAGGAGCAACAUUCAACCUGAGAAAAUUGAUAAAACAGAGAAGGAAAAUGAAGCAAGUGAAGCUCUGACAAAAACUGAAGAGAAAUCAAUUGUUUCUCGUUUGAAUGCUGCGCCUGAGAAAGUAUUACCUGAGGGAGUUCAGUGGGAUUUCGAUGCAGAGAAUUGGUUGGACCCGUUUCAAGUCUCUCACUAUGCUAUGGAUAUUUUUAAUUAUUUAAAAGACAGAGAACGCUUUUUUCCUAUUGGAGAUUACAUGGAGAGACAAGUGUGUCUUUCACGAUGGAUGAGAGCGUUAUUAAUCGACUGGAUGGUGGAAGUUCAAGAGUCUUUUGAAUUGAAUCAUGAGACUUUGUAUCUAGCUGUAAAACUAGUUGAUUUAUAUUUGACGAAAGUAACGGUUGGAAAAGAAACGCUGCAAUUGUUAGGUGCUGCAAGUCUCUUCAUAGCGAGUAAAUAUGAUGAACGAAUACCUCCGAUGGUAGAAGAUUUUUUAUAUAUAUGUGACGGUGCUUACACGCAAAGAGAGUUAAUUAGAAUGGAAAUGAGUGUUUUAAAAGUAGUAGAUUUUGAUCUUGGUAUACCUCUUUCAUACAGGUUUUUGAGACGAUAUGCUAGGUGUGCAAAAGUUUCAAUGCCGACGCUAACUUUAGCGCGAUACAUUUUGGAGUAUUCACUGAUGGAUUAUUCGACGAUAAUGUUUAGCGAUAGUAAAAUUGCUGCUGCUGCGCUCCUUCUUGCCCUGCAAAUGAAAGAUCUAGGAGGAUGGACUCCAACCUUAGAAUAUUAUAGUGGUUACAAAGUUGAUGACAUAAGGGAUAUUAUAAAUAUUUUAAACCAAGGAUUACAUCGAAAGCACAAGGAAGCUCUGACCACAGUACGCAACAAAUACAGCCAUAAGAUAUUCUUUGAAGUAGCAAAGCUGCCAUUAAAAGAUACUUUAAAUAUAUAAAUAGUUUAAGGAAGAAAAAACCUAGGUAUUCGAAAACAUCAUUGACAAUAAUAUAUAGGUUAGCCUAAUUAUUGUUAGGCAACCUGUAAUGGAAUUUAAAGUGAUUAAGAUGGUCGUCGGGCGUUAAAAUACGAACCAUAAUGAUCUUAAUUUGUUGGAUAAUGAAAUUGUAAUAAGAACAAAAUUCAAUGACCGAAUUUCAUUUUCAACUUUAUACACACUCAGAAAUAUGGUAAAUACUACAAUCUUUUUCCUUUGUUUUUAGUCCAUUUUUUCUAAUUAUUUAUACAACAUUAGUAAUUUCUAUACUACUCUACAAUCUCAGUAUUUAUAAGUUAUUUUAAUUUUUUUUUUUGUUGAGAAAUUUAUUUUAGCGCCACGCUUUUAUACUUCACAAAUAAUUCUGAUAAGAAAUUGGUAUAUCCAAAAUCUUUUUUUUUAUGCAUGAAAAGAUUGAGAUUAAUCUUUUAAUUUUUUUUUUCUUUGCUAUAUAUAUAUGUAGUACUAUGGUACAUUUUCCUUGCCAUAGUCUGAAUUAGUACAUAUAUACAUAUAUAAAUGAAAUGAAAAUUAUGCGGCAUCUCUGUUUUAACAAGCCGUGAGGAGAGUGUGGCGUAUUGUUAUGCAUUGUUGUUGCACUUUAUAGACUGAUAAUAAACUGUAUGCUCCUAAGGUAGUUACAUAAGAUACCGGCGAACACAAUAAUAUUUUAUAAUCAUUGCUCCGUGUAAGAUUGCCGGUAUAAAAAAAGAUUGUCUUCUACGCUAUACAAACAAGGUAGCUUAAAAAAAUUAAUUUAUAUCGAUAAAUUCCAUGAUAAUACAAUACAUUUUUAUAUUCAAAUCUGUAAGUUGAAGGGAAAGUCACUUCUUAUUAAAUUUUACUCUUUAUAAAUUUUUAUUUAUUAUCUUUAACCAGUUCGUUAUUUGUAUCUGAUUGUAAUGGAAAGUUCCAGUAUUCAGACCCUACUUAUGCCAUAGUUAAUAUAUAGUUGUGAUUAUUAAUAAACAUGACAUAGGUUUCUUUACCAAGUACCACCUGUGAUAUGAAUAUAUUCAAAAUUUCGAUAUGACCGAACGUGUCAAAAUUUUCUCACAUGUAAUAUUUAUGCAAUUUCGUACGCAAACAAACUAGUUACAUUAUAACGUCUAGAACUUUUAUCGAAAAAAAAAGAUAUAUCUGAUCCAGUAGGUAGUUGUAUAUACUUUUAUAACAAUUAUCAAUGUGUACAUAUUUCUAAAAAUUAGUAGGACAAAUUUAGAGCGACUUCUUUAUAAUGGAAACCAUACGAAUAAGAAUACUAUACAAUUAUAAGACUUACUGAAAUCAAGUGGUGUAUAUAAUGUCAUAAUAUAUUUUUUUUACUAUCAGUGAAUUUAGUACCUAUUACAUACUUUGUAAGUCGUGUGUACAUGAGCAAUUGUAAACAGAAUGUAAUUUAAUAAAAUUAAAUAAUGAUUUUUAA